AUGCGAGCAGAUUCAAUCCUCAGCUCGGGUAUGAGUGACUCCUGCGGGGAAUCCAUUCAGGAUGACAUAGAGUCGUUGCACGGCCUCUUUUCCGAACCGGCUACAGGCUCUCAGAGUGAUUUCAGCGAGGCAGAUGGAGUGGCCUCUGCCGGAGUUCUCACACGCUCCAUUGAAGAUGUAUCUCCAGCUGGUCCUUGCGAUGACGAGAGACCUUCCAUGGAAAACACCUCCCAGGAAAUUCGCUCAAACCGUUCCUCUCCGAACUUGAAUCGCUAUCAUCAGCACAGCAAGGGUGAUAGCUCUCCUGGCGCAAACUUCGACGCUUCCGAACUUACAUGCGAGUCAGUCUACUUCGACAAUGUCGCACAUUUUUCAAGUCCUCAGCCAAUGGAUACUCCUUUAGAAGGCUCCGCCACAUUUUGUGCCCCAUUCCAAUCGCCUUCUCAGCCGACUAUUCUUGAAAAGGGGAGAAGCUCUAGCGUCCUAAAGACACAGGACGGUGUCAAGCCAUCUAAGCAUACCUCUAGCUAUGGUAAGGUGCUUUCGGGGAAGGGCAAUCCAGACGCGCAGUUUAGCUCUUUUCACUCAGAUGACAAGACAGACGUACCGUGUUGCACAUCAUUUGUCCCAGAUACUCCGACGUGCUUGGGAAGUGCUGCUGCCCCUCCAUUUAAUGAAGGGCACGACCUGCAACCUGAUACGUGCACUAGAGCAGCGUCACCGGCUAGGGUCGGCUCAACUCAUCUUUUGCAUUCUCUUCAUGACCUAGCCGAAGAGCACCUUGACAAUCCACGUCAUCCAGACAUUCAUUACCCGGAGACACCGGACUGCGUCGGUGCUCUUGGACCGGAUACAGUGCCCAUGGAUUGCGUCAUCAACCUCGACGAGCUCGAGUCUUGUCCCCCCGUAUCUUCACCGCCGGAGUUUAACAUGGACGUACAAGAUCCCCUGCAGCACCCCGGCGUGGAGCCGAAAGAUCUUGAAGUGCUGUUAGCUGCUGUGCCUUCAGAUGGGCUUGGUCCUGAUGUUCAAUUCCAAACUAGGCAAGAGCUCGGGGUAAAUCGUGACGGCAACAGUGUUGUUCCCGUACAUGCCACAGGAGUACGGUCAAAGGAUCCCCAUGUCGCACCGAAUUCUCCCAAUUCCCUCGGCUUUCGGCCUUGCCCUGAAGGCUACCUUGAGUUCUCUCAUGUUGAGAUUCGAAACCAUCGUCCCUUGGAGAACACCACAUCUUCUAUUGAAACCUUGGAAAACGUCACCAGUCCGAGUUCCAGUUGUUGUCAUUCCAAGGAAACCAGUAGAACGUGGUGCUUGGAUGGGUCAAUUCUUUCCAUUGACAUCCAGAAUGCAGACUUUCCUAUCGGCCUUGGAAAGUCCUCCUUCCACGUGUUCGAAAACCAAGUUAUUCAGAUACUUACGGUCGUUCAUGGACCAGUGGAAGCUUUUCUCUCUCAGAAGACAGCUCCAAGCACCAAGGUCAACAAGAAGAAGCGGAAAUUUAGCCGUCCUGCAGCUGCAGCAGCUGCAGCAGCUCCUCUGUCCUCUGAACAAAAGCAGUACCUGCUGGAGCUAAGGGAUCAAGGUCAUACAUGGAAUGACAUCGUUGCUAAAUUUCCCGGAAGAAAGAAAGGAACGCUGCAGGCCAUUUAUUAUGCAAAGGUGAAGAACCUCCGCAAUCCUACUUCACGAGACCAGCGCUAUACCGGGCGGCCAAAAUCAGCCGCUCGAAGCUCCCAAGGCCUCUCUCGCACACGCGGGAACACUAUUGGUACUGGUGUCAGUACAGUGUGUCAAACAGAGAAUGAAGUAGGAUAUUCGCGAUACAGUCUGCGCCCAAGGGGAGUGCGAUAG